UGGGCCUGAAAUAAUCGGGCCUAAUGAUAAAGAUAUAAUAAUAUCAUCUGUAUAACAUUUUGGGUAAAGCAACAGAGUAGUUCUCUUGAACAACAAGCAAAUAGAUCGAUCGAUCGAUCAGCUCAAGAUUUUCCGAUGUCCACCACCGAGGGAGAUGAUGCCGUUCGUCGGCGUGCGGCGGUCACCGAGUACCGGAAGAAGAUGCUUCAGCACAAAGAGCUUGACUCCAGAGUUCGAACUGUGAGAGAGACAUUGCGGAGCACAAAGAAGGAUUAUGCCAAAACGGAAGACGAUUUGAAGUCCCUUCAAAGCGUUGGACAGAUCAUAGGCGAAGUGCUAAGACCUUUGGAUAAUGAACGAUUGAUAGUCAAAGCCAGUAGUGGCCCAAGGUACGUGGUCGGAUGCCGCAGUAAAGUGGACAAAGAAAAACUAACUGCUGGAACUCGAGUGGUUCUCGACAUGACAACUCUGACAAUCAUGCGAGCACUCCCUCGUGAAGUUGACCCAGUUGUUUAUAACAUGCUUCACGAAGACCCCGGCAAUGUUAGCUACUCUGCAGUUGGUGGGCUAUCGGAUCAGAUUCGAGAGCUCCGGGAAUCCAUUGAGUUGCCUUUGAUGAAUCCGGAGCUCUUUAUAAGGGUCGGCAUUAAACCACCAAAGGGUGUUCUUCUUUAUGGACCUCCUGGUACGGGCAAGACCUUGCUAGCUAGAGCAAUUGCCAGUAAUAUAGAUGCCAAUUUCUUAAAGGUUGUAUCAAGUGCCAUUAUUGACAAGUACAUCGGUGAGAGUGCAAGACUAAUCAGGGAAAUGUUCAGUUAUGCUCGUGAUCACCAACCCUGCAUCAUAUUUAUGGAUGAGAUUGAUGCCAUUGGUGGGCGUCGUUUCAGCGAGGGAACCAGUGCUGACCGUGAAAUUCAAAGAACACUCAUGGAGUUGCUGAACCAGCUUGAUGGAUUCGAUCAGCUUGGAAAGGUAAAAAUGAUAAUGGCUACAAACAGACCCGAUGUUCUGGACCCCGCUCUUCUUCGUCCGGGUCGACUGGAUAGGAAAAUCGAGAUCCCGUUGCCAAACGAGCAGUCGAGAAUGGAAAUUCUUAAAAUUCAUGCUGCAGGGAUUGCUAAACACGGUGAAAUCGAUUACGAGGCGGUUGUCAAGCUUGCUGAGGGGUUCAAUGGAGCUGAUCUUCGCAAUGUGUGUACUGAAGCUGGUAUGUCUGCGAUCCGUGCAGAACGAGAUUAUGUCAUCCAUGAAGAUUUCAUGAAGGCUGUGAGGAAACUGAAUGAGGCGAAGAAGCUGGAGUCGAGUGCUCAUUACAAUGCGGAUUUUGGGAAAGAUUAAGAGGUUGAAACAUAAAGCACUUGGAGUUUGUACUUGGUCGUUACGCUUUACAGGGACAGAUGUAUGUUUGUUCUUGGUGUUUGGUUUCGGAUCUAUCCUGUUAUGAUUUGCUGCUAGUGCUGGGUGAGAGUUGUUUUAUUCAAAAUGUUAAGCAAUCAUACUUGUGUUAAGAGAUCUCCAAAACACAAAAGGAUUGUGGUGUUUAACUGUUUAAAUUUCUAACUUGGGAUAUUUCCUCGUUUAAACUAUUCGUUGAAUCACGUUUAAAAACGC